CAACAACAACAACAACAACAACAAUAACAACAACACCUCCUCCUCCACCACCAACACUAACACAACACCAAAACCAGCCCGUCUCUUUCCGUCCGGGUAUCCGCCAGCCAGCCAGCCUUCACACCGAUACUCCCGCCCCUCCGCUCGCACGAAACCUCAGAACUUUAAUUCGGCCUUCCGUCAAUCGUCGUUUCGGUCGUCGGCACAUCGGGGCCCCCAUCUCAGUUAUAUCCUGAAUCGCACAACACAGCCAGAAACGGAAGGAACGCUGAGCCCCCAGUCAUGAGGUUCCGAGCUAGUACCUUCUUGGCGUUGCUCACAUUUACAUUCCACGAGCUGCCCUUCGCCCUGUGUUCGGGUUCACCGGGCGACGCAACACCACAGCAAGUUGAUGGAGCGCAUCGUCCCCGCGGGCUGGUAGUGGAACGUCAGGAUGUUACCGUGACGGAGAUCGGUACCACCAACGUGGUUACCGCGACCACUCAGGUGGAGGCUACCGUGACAGAGUCUGCGAAUCCCAUCCUCGAGACCAGGACGAGCACGUUAACCGCGGCGCCUACCACGCCGACGCAAACCACUACGCCGACUGUCGCUGCUCCCGAAACGACCAUUACUUCGAGCACAUUGGGAGGCCCAAUACCGACAUGCCCCGUAGGACACUACCAAUGCCCAGCCCAAUACUCAGGAGGGUGCUGUCCUAGCGGAUUCGGCUGUGCCGUGAGCGAGUGUAUCCCGCCGGCAACAGUGACAUCGACACGAACCUGUAUGCCCAGUUCAUCCUCAUGCCCCGACUCCGUCGGCGGCGGCUGCUGUCCGGAUAACUACAGCUGCGGCGUCACCAUAUGUUCCCCGCUAGCCACCGCAACGGCUAUUGUGAUCACGGAAGCCACUCUGACCUUCACGAGAGCGCCGUUCGCAAUGACCGCAACGCAGAUAGUAAUGAAAGCCACCGAUAUCCCCAUCAAUGCCAAGAUCCCCGCCAGCACCGCGACCUCCCCCCACCCGUCGCAAAGCAGCGACCCUUCCAAAGGCACUACCCUCCCGAAGAUAACCCUCGUCGGCAUCGUCGUCGGCUCGGUGAUCGGCACCCUCCUCCUCGUAGGCGUAGCCUGGUUCACGCGGUACCGUCUCAGGCGGCGUGGGAACACGGAUGCCUUCCAUGCCGCGCACAGCCGCGACGGGUUCAUGCCCGCUCCCACAGGUCGCACGUACGACCCGAAUCAGCCUGUGCCCAGAAUGCAGCGUACCGUCCCGCACCGUGCACUCCCGGGCUUUCUCGCCACGCAACAGCAGCAACAGCAACAACUACAGCGACAACUACAGCAGCAACAGCAGGCAGGCAAUAUGUACGCCGACCCCGCGAGCGCCACGCACCAGCCGGGCGCCGCCGAAAUGGAGGUGAAAUACUACCAGCACAACCAGGAGGGGGGGAUCAACUACGCGCCGGUACCGCUGGACUCCCCGCCGCUGAUGGACUACAAAGAGAACCAGGAGCGCGCCGAGCUGGGGGAUACGUCCUUGCAACCGCAACAGCAGCAGCAGUCAGUGCUCCAUGAGGUUGAGGGGGACCUGCCUGCUAGCCCGAGACAGACGAGAAGGUGGAGCAAUGGGCUGGAGCGACUCGGGAUCAGACGCGGGAAUAGUACGAGUGGUGGCGGGGGGACACAUUUCUAACCUUCUAGCCACAUGUUGAUCCUGCCUGUAUAAGGUCCCCGAGUGUGAGGCGAGGGGGGGUUGCCUCUCCACCUCCAUCUCCAUCUCCAUCUCCAUCUCCAUCUCUCUUUUGUCAUCCAUCUUCCAUCUUCCAUCUUCCCUUGAUGUACUACUAACGGUCGCUUCUCUCUAUCUAUCUACCUAUCUAUCCACCUAUCUAUGUUUACGGUACGGUACGGGGAUGGACAUGCGCAUUUCUGGUUUCUGGUGUUUCGUUUCGUUUCGUGCAUUCGCUUGGUCUCGUUUCGUUCGUUUGUUUCGUUGCUCGGUG